CGCCGCGCCGCCUCCGCCAUUGCUGCGCGCGGGAGCGGGCGACGCGGACGCUCGGAGCGCGCUCGGAGCCCAGACCUGCGGGAGUCGGACCGGAGCCGAGUGUGGGGCGGCAGCCUCGGGUCUUUCGGAACCAUGGUGAAGUUGGGGAACAAUUUUGGGGAGAAGGGCACGAAGCAGCCACUGCUGGAGGAUGGCUUCGACACCAUUCCCUUGAUGACGCCUCUCGAUGUCAAUCAGCUGCAGUUCCCGCCCCCGGAUAAGGUGGUCGUGAAAACUAAGACUGAAUAUGAACCUGACCGUAAGAAAGGGAAAGGCCGUCCUCCCAAGAUAGCUGAGUUCACCGUCAGUAUCACCGAGGGCGUCACCGAGAGGUUUAAGGUCUCUGUGCUGGUCCUCUUCGCCCUGGCCUUCCUCACUUGUGUUGUCUUCCUGGUCGUCUACAAGGUGUACAAGUAUGACCGCGCCUGCCCUGAUGGGUUCGUCCUCAAGAAUACCCAGUGCAUUCCAGAAGGCUUAGAGAGCUACUACGUAGAGCAAGAUGCCAGUGCCCGAGAGAAAUUCUACACAGUCAUAAACCACUACAACCUGGCCAAGCAGAGCGUUGCCCGCUCCGUGUCACCCUGGAUGUCGGUACUGUCAGAAGAGAAGCUGUCAGAACAGGAGACUGAGGCAGCUGACAAGUCAGCUUAGCGAGAUGGGCAGGUUCCUCACGAUGCGUCACCUGAAGGUAACAAAGGGACUUGAGGGACAUUUCAUUAAAUGUAAUUAGCAGUAAUGUAGAGGUCACUCAUUUACGGUGCAGUCGCUUGUCUGCCACUGCUGCUUUGCAAAAGCCUUGCUGCCGACCGCCCGUGGGUGUGAGAUCAAGUGCAUGUCAGCAUUGCUUAGAGAGCCCUGACGCCACUCUCCACGUGAGGAUUCCUAAGUUAGCUCCUUCACUGGGAUUUACUGGAUGCUGUCAAAAAAUAAAUUUACUGGCUAUCCCAGGGGUUUGGACUUCAGAUAAAACAGUGCAUUUGGUGGAGCUGAUUUUUUAAGCCACCUUGCUGUCUGCACACUACUCCACAGCCGUAUCUGGAGCAGCCUCGCUUUGCUAAGGACAGGCCCUACUUGACAUUUCUCCCUCCCGUCAGUUGGUGCCAGUGCUGACUGCCAAGACACACUGUAGUGAGUAGUGCAGAGAAGGAAAUAGAAAAGAGCAGUAGGUGGCAGACAACCCUGUCCUCUGCCCAUGCUCACUCCCGGUGUGCCCUGCACCACGGUGUGUUCAGUGUGGCCUGAGCAGGGUGCCUCCCACACUGCCUCUGCAUCCUGGAUGGAGAUGGCAAGGUUCUCUCCAGAGAACCCAAGAAGGGGUGUGUCUGGGGCCGGGGUGCAGCAGGACUCUAUCUUCCCGUGGGCAGACUGACUGCUGAACUGGAAAGAGCACCGGCCCUUCUGUUUACUUCUGUUAUGGAUCUUUGCAUGUACAGCCCUGUUUGCAAGUUACAUCUUUAAAGUCAGCUGGGUGGGAAAAAUGAGAUGUAACUGCUGGUGAGUCAGGGCUGCUUUACUUUUACUCUUGUGAGCAGGUCUAAUUCCCUCCAUGUAGGAAGCAGACAAGAAGGCUGGUGGCAGGCUGAUGUGACACCUUGCAAAUAUAAUGACAUUUCAACUCACAAUCUUUGUAAGAAAUCUUGACAUGUUUACAAAAUUGCCAGUUAGAUAAAUUAAGUGUGUGCGACAAUUAAAUAGAAAACAUUCACAGACGUUUCCUCCAUGUUAUUUGAA